AUGGCGACUCGUACUGCCGUGGGGGGAAUCCGUGAUGGAGCUCCACCAGUGGGGAUGAUCGGGCGUGAGACACAGGAGCUGAUGAACAGGAAAGCUCCUUCCAUUGCGAGCUUAGCUUUCACUAAAGGUCGUCGCCCAACCUAUAUGGAUCGGGGAGCCACCUUGCGACAUUUUGCCAAGACAGUGGUGAAUCUUAGCAGUGGUUUACUCUUAAACAGGCUUCCGAUUCCGAGAAGUCGGAAUGUCGGAAGUGUCGAACUCCUUGUCAGCUUGGGAGACCCUGCUGGAGGACGAACAUCCGCUGUGCAUCGCCGUUCGAUGCCAAGAGUCACCUCCACGCCACCAUGA